UUUAUUUUAAUUUUAUUUUUUUAUCAGUAUUAUUUUCUCUCCUUAUUUUCCUGUCAAUCUACUGCUCCACACUCCAGUCCAGUAGGUGGCUCAAAAGAAGAAGAACUCCUAAAUCCUUCAUUUCCCAGCAUGCAUUGCGGUCCUAUGACUUUUGACCUGUGGAUAAAAACAAGCCGAUCAGCUGAUGUAAAGGCAACAACAUCUCCAGGGUCUGACACAGAAUAGCUCCGCUAGCUAACUUUCUCUACAGCGUUAGCGGGAUGUUGUUAGACAGUAGACGGGUCCAGGUUUAGACUUUGUGUCGAGGCAGCACUUAGUUAUUCGUCGAAGAGCUGCCGCGGCUAGGUCAGUCGAUUGAAACGAAGUAGGUGUCAGGUUUGAGAUGAGCGGUCAAGGUCCAGCUGUAGAUAAAGGGAUGACAACAGUCCUAGGCUGCCAGGAGAGCUACGCCUGUGGAGGUUCAGAUGAGGCUGCGUUUGAAUGUGAUGAGUGCGGCAGCCUGCAGUGCGCCCGAUGUGAACUGGAGCUCCAUCGCCAGGAGCGGAUGAGAAAUCACGACCGGGUUCGGAUUGCACCAGGCCACGUCCCUUUCUGUGACUCGUGCAAAGGUGACAGCAGCUGCCCUGUCAACGGAGGACGGCUCCGAGCAGUGGUGCGCUGCCAGGGCUGUAAGAUCAACCUGUGUUUGGACUGCCAGAAACGCACCCACAGUGGAGUCAACAAGAGGAAGCACCCUCUGACCCCUUACCCCCCGGCCAAAGCUCCCCAGGAGAACAGCGUGGCUGCUGGGGAGUCACAGAUGGAGAUCCUGAAAGCAGAGCUGGAGAGGGUGUGCAGCUUCCUGUUGGUGGAUGAGAGGGAGGAGAUGCAGGUGAAGGAUGAGGACGACUUUGUGAGCAGACUGGGCUGCAGGCCAGAUGAGCUCCUCAAAGUGGUCUCCAUCUUUGGAAACACUGGCGAGGGCAAGUCCCACACCCUGAACCAUACGUUUUUCCUCGGACGGGAAGUGUUCAAGACCUCGCCCACCCAGGAGUCCUGCACUGUUGGUGUGUGGGCAGCGAUGGACCCUGUUCACCGGGUGGUCGUCAUCGACACAGAAGGACUGCUUGGUGCUGGAGCUAAUCAGGGUCAGCGGACCCGCCUGCUCCUCAAAGUCCUGGCGAUCUGUGAUGUGGUCAUCUACCGAACCCAUGCUGACCGUCUCCAUGACGAUCUGUUCAAGUUCCUCGGUGAUGCAUCGGAUGCCUACCUGAAGCAUUUCACCAGGGAGCUGAAAGCAACAACCACCCGCUGCGGGCUAGACGUCCCGUUGUCCACUCUGGGCCCUGCUGUAAUCAUCUUCCAUGAGACUGUCCACACCAAGCUGCUAGGAUCAGACAAACCAUCAGAAUCGGCCGAGCGUCUUCUCCAGGAGCGUUUCAGGAAGCUGGGUCUGUUCCCAGAAGCGUUCAGCUCCAUCCAGUACCGUGGGACUCGCACCUACAACCCUCCCACAGACUUCAGCGGCCUGCUGCGCAGCCUGGAGCAACAGCUGGACAACAACACCACGCGCUCGCCACGCUCUGCCAGCGUCAUCUACAAGGCUCUCCAGGCCCUGAGUGAUCGCUUCAGUGGGGAGAUUUCAGAUGAGCACAUGACCAGUAACUCAUUCUUCCCAGAUGAGUAUUUCACCUGCUCUAGCCUCUGCCUCAGCUGUGGUUCAGGCUGUAAGAGAAGCAUGAAUCACCUAAAAGAAGGACUUGACCACGAAGCCAAACAUCGCUGCCGCUACUCUGCACAGUAUGACAACCGUAUCUACACUUGCAAGGGCUGCUACGAGGGAGGAAAAGAGGUAAUAGUGGUUCCCAAAACGACCGCCUCGUCUGACUCACCGUGGUUUGGCUUGGCCAUCUACGCCUGGUCUGGGUAUGUAAUCGAGUGCCCCAACUGUGCAGUCAUCUACAGAAGCAGACAGUACUGGUACGGAAACCAGGACCCAGUGGAAACAGUGGUCAGAACAGAGAUCCAGCACAUCUGGCCUGGGUCUGACGGUUUUUUGAAAGACAACAACAACGCAGCCCAGAGGUUGCUGGAUGGAGUCAAAUACAUUUCUCAGUCAGUGUCUGAACUCAGCGUCAAGCCUGCCAAAGCGGUCACCUCCUGGCUCACUGACCAGAUCGCUCCCACCUACUGGAAACCCAACUCCCUUAUCCUGAAAUGCCAUAAAUGUGGGGAAGAGUUCCAGGCCAACGACACCAAGCACCACUGCCGUGCCUGCGGAGAGGGCUUCUGUGACUCCUGCUCCUCCAAAACCAGACCGGUCCCUGAGAGGGGCUGGGGCCUCGCCCCUGUCCGAGUCUGCGACGCAUGUUUCCACAACAGAGAAAUCUCAACCGAGUUACUGGAUGCUGCCUUGGAGGAGGAGGGAGGCACCCUGAUAGCCAGGAAGGUUGGGGAGGCGGUUCAGAACACUUUAGGAGCUGUAGUCGGUGCCAUCGACAUACCUCUGGGCCUGGUGAAGGACGCAGCCCGACCGGCCUACUGGGUCCCAGACCAGGACAUCCACUCCUGCAACGAGUGCCAGAGGGAGUUCUCCCCGCGUCUCUCCAUCCACCACUGCCGCGCCUGUGGUCAGGGAGUGUGUGACGACUGCUCCCAGGAGCGCCGCGCCGUGCCCUCCCGCGGCUGGGACCACCCUGUGAGGGUCUGCAACGGCUGCAACCAGAAACCUGGGGAGCUCUAGCAGCUGAGGAGAGGGGCCGGUUAAGGAUGCCGGCCUCUACGAAAACUGGAAUUGACAACAUUUUGACAUUAAAGGCUUCAGUUCCCUUUUGUCUCUGGCAUUUCUAAGCUGCCACUUGACUGUCUGUGGCAGGUUGGACUCUGUUUAUUAUUUUUUUAAUGCCGUCCUCAUGUCACAUCUGUCCUUUGAUGCUAUUUCACUUUAAUAUGCCUAUAUUUUACACUGUGAAGAAACCCAGACAGAGUGAGACUUGAAUAUCAAGAAGUUAGGAGAGAUAAAACAACUUGACAGCGUUUUAUGAAAGAGAGUGAGUAUGCUUGCUUACUGUUGAGUUCAGGUAAAUAUCCAUGUACUUAUUUUUGAUCCUUUUAAAAUCUGUAUUAAUGCACAUGAACCCCUUUGACAAUCCCUCCCAGUGUGACACACUAGUACUAUUAGCACCUUUUGCAGUCUGGGGCUACAUGUGUGGACAUUUUUAAUAAUAGAAGUACUGACUGAGCAUCUUGAACUGAUUUCAGGUAAGCACUUUUAUUCUAAGAUUGUUUCUGCUGGAGCUCUGGAUAUAGCAUUCAGGGCUGGCUUUAGAGGAAACAAUAGAAAACCUUUAAAAAAAAAAAGAAAGAUAAAUAAUAAUCCACUACAGUGUAUUUUGAUCCUUUCAGUGGAUCUAUCCUAGUUUUCCUCUGCUUCAGCCCUGCAAGCUUUCCUGCCACUCUUUGGCUUCAGGAGGAUUAAAACAAUCAGAAGCCAAUGAUGUACUGUAGCACCGAGAUGCAUUCCAACUUAUAUAAUUACUUAGUAAUAACUUCUUACAUAAUCCCUUGAUACUUUGUAGUUGUUUGUGCAUUUUAAUGGGCAUACAAUAAUAGAAAAGCCUUAAUAAUGCUGUCCACGUUGUUUAAAUUUUACAUAGAAUAUACAUAUAAGGGGAAAAACGUUUACUUAAAUAGGUUUUUAAAUGGCCUCGUUUUGUUUUUAAAAUAUUAAAAUUAUCUGCUAACAAGACAAAUCUGACUGCAGUGGGAUGAAAUGCAACUACUUUUAUAGAGUGGCUGGCUCACAGUAGCAAUAUGGAAACAGAUAAGACUUGAAACCAUCUUUGAGGCUGGCCCCUCAAAACAAUUAGAAGAGUAAUCCAUUACUCUGACAACUCAGGCUGUGGAGCUAGUUAGCUAGGAGUACCAAGUGAGCAACGUUUAAGACUGUACCAUACAAUUAUCUGACAAAUACAUAUGAUGAUGCAGGAAAGGCUUAUUGACUGAACACCCAGGCAUUGUGAGGUCUAACCUGGGAUUUUUUUUUUUCCAAUGACCGACUGGGAGAGACGGUUUGGUUACAAUUUCAACAAAUAAGCUGAAAUAACAGUGGAUGAUCUCAUCACUGUCCUCAUCUGGAGAGAGGGCUGUUCAAUGAAUAUCAUAAGGAACAAAUCAAAACCUUCUAUGUUCAUGUAUGCUCAUACAGUAUGUAUUAAACUGCAGAAACUCA